CUUCAUUCAAUCGUUUACACCAACGUGUCAGUGUCGCUGUACCUACUACCAACCAACCGCAAUGUCUGAAGUUGCCGCCGAAGCCGCUGCCGCAGCUCCUGCUGCCUCGCCAGCCAAGGCCAAGAAGCCAAGGGCCCCUAAGGGACAGGGCAAGCCGAAGAAGCCAUCGACCCAUCCUCCAGUGAACGAUAUGGUUGUUGCUGCUAUCAAAACCCUGAAGGAGCGCAACGGAUCGUCCCUGCAGGCCAUCAAGAAGUACAUCGCUGCCAACUACAAGUGCGAUGUCGCCAAGCUGGCCCCAUUCCUCAAGAAGGCCUUGAAGAACGGUGUCGAGAAGGGCAAGUUUGUCCAAACCAAAGGAACUGGCGCAUCCGGAUCGUUCAAGCUGAAGGCUGAGGCCAAGAAGGCCGCCGGCGAGAAAAAGCCCAAGAAGGCCGGUGAGAAGAAAGCCAAGAAGGCUACCGGUGAGAAGAAGAAGGCUGCCAAGAAACCAGCUGGGGAAAAGAAAGCCAAGAAGCCAGCCGGCGAGAAGAAAGCCAAGAAACCAGCUGCAGCGAAAAAAGCCAAAGCUGCCGGUGCAAAGGCCGCCAAAAAGGCCGGAGGUGUGAAGAAGGCCGCUGCCCCGAAACAAAAGGCCACCAAGCCAUCCAAGACCGCCGCAAAGAAGCCAAAGACCCCGAAACCGAAGAAGGCCGCCCCCGCCAAGAAAGCUGCCGCGAAGAAAACCGCCGCCAAGAAGUAAUCUGGCGAUUUUCGGAACCAUCAGUCGUCAUACUGCGAAACAGUAUCCCACUUUCAAAUCAGUCCUUUUCAGGACUACCAUCUUAGAUCUUACCAAAGAGUUAAAAGUUGAAAUGGUUUCCUAUCAUCCAAUGCCAGGUCAUACGUUUCCUAGAAUACUGCUAGGUGCAAUUCUCAAAUAGGCCGGUCAGCUCGGCAUGAUUGAGUGUUGCCUUUUCGCUGCCGCCGAGCUUCCAGAGUGAAACUCUCGAAUCUUUGCACCGUGUUGGUGUAGUUAAGGUUAAUUGAAAAUGACUGCAACUUCCCUGCAGAUUGAUUGGUUGGUGAAAUUCCUGUUACUACCCGGUUGACAUAGAGCAAGUCACCUGGAAGGCUGCACUUGAAAUGAUGAAAUUCACAAACACCAAUCGUGAGAAGCACUAAUUGUCACGAUACAGCCAUUUCUGUCUUCGCGCUUCGAUAUAACGUGCAUUUUACCCUCGAUAUACGUACACCAAAAUUUGUCUCAAUGUGCACUUAUUCUGGGUAGCAUGGCUAAAGCUGCAAUCGCAUUUGGGGUGAUUUUAUCGUUUAUCUGGAGAUCAUUACUGGGAAAGUUAGAACUUUUCAUCGAAGCAAAAUGUACGUUAUAAACAGAAUUUCCCGACUGGAAAAGGAAUUGAAUCCGCCGUCUCCGGGUUGGCGAUCGAAAACCCUAUCCCCUAGGCUAACCGGAGACCCCAAUCUCACUUUCGAUCGCCAACCAGUUCCCCACUCAUCGGACAGAACUGCAAUUCUGACCGAGGAUUUCAAACGUUUAACCCAGUGUGCCUACUGACAGCCCUCUGAAAAUCUUAGAUCUACACGCCCUUGGUACAAUGAAAGCACAGGAUGCACAAGUUCUUCGCAGUUUUACACAUACCUCAAUAGUGAACGGCUUGCUGAUCCCAGUUUAGGGCACUGCCGGCCGGGUGGGUUAAACAGGCGACAACACUCCGCGACACACGCGAUUCAACACCCGGGCACAAGAACAAAACAAACUAUUUACAAUGGACACAUUCACGCUGUGUGCAUGACCACUGUACUUCCGGCGGCAGUCUUCCGCUAUAGGUUCAAAUUUUGAACGAUGAAUCAAACUGGCACUCCCGCAACGGAGACGCGACACUCAGCUAGACGGACACCGAACUGAACUGACUA